UCAGAUUAUUUAUUAAUAAAUGGGAUCUUCUCACGGGGAUUGGUGUCUCAUUGAAAGUGAUCCUGGUGUCUUUACUGAGCUAAUUAGAGGAUUUGGCUGUAGUGGAGUUCAGGUGGAAGAACUCUGGUCUUUGGACAGUGAUAUUCUAGAAACACUAAGUCCUGUUCAUGGUUUAAUAUUCCUGUUUAAAUGGAGAUCAGGAGAAGAAGCAGAUGGAGCCAUUGUGCGUGACAGUCGAAUAGAUGAGAUAUUCUUUGCAAAGCAGGUUAUAAACAAUGCAUGUGCUACUCAAGCCAUUAUCAGUAUACUACUGAACUGCAACCAUCCUGAUUUACAACUCGGAGAAACAUUAUCAGCUUUUAAAGAAUUUUCAAAACAGUUUGAUCCUGCAUUAAAAGGCUUGAGUUUAUCAAAUUCUGAUACAAUAAAACAAGUUCAUAAUAGUUUUGCUAGAGAAGAAAUGUUUCAGUUUGAUAGUUCAAAAAAAGAUGAAGACAAAGAGGCUUACCAUUUUGUUGCUUAUAUUCCAAUCAAUGGUCGGUUAUAUGAAUUAGAUGGGUUAAAGGAUGGACCAAUAGAUUUAGCUUCUGCUACAACUGACUCUUGGUUGCAUGUUUGCAAGCCUAUCAUUGAAAAAAGGAUGCAAAAGUAUUCUUCAGAAGAUGUCCAUUUCAACUUGAUGGCGGUAGUUACGGAUAGAAAACUAAUAUAUGCAAGAGAAAUAGAAAAGCUCAAUAAUCAGCGUGCUCAACUUUUAAAAGAACUUUCUGAAUCAGCAAAUGUAGAGUUGAAUGCUAAAGUUAAAGCUUUAGAUGCAGAGCUAGAUACCUAUCAGUCAUUGAUGGCAGCAGAAGAUGAUAAAAUGGCUGCUUAUAAGAUAGAAAACAUACGCAGAAAACACAAUUACUUACCAUUCAUUAUGGAAUUACUAAAACUCCUUGCAAAAAAAGGUGAACUUGUUCCACUUGUAGAAAAGGCUAGAGAAUUAACGCGCACAAGAAGAGAAAACGACAAAGCUAGAAAAAAGCAAAAAGAGUGUAGUAACUAGUUUUUAGUAAUUAGUUGUAAUUGCGUUGGUUAGUGCUUUUUAAAGUAAUCGAAAUUUGAAAUAUCGAUUAUUAUAAAAAUUUUUGAUUUAUUAUAUUUGUAAAUCAAAAAUAAAGAUGCUAAUGCGUUAACCAUGUCAAGUAAAAGUUGAUAUUCGGGACGUGCCUUAUUUUGAUUUGGAUUUAUGUAAUUUAUUUAUUCGAUAAAUGUUUACCACCUAAAGAAA